CGACAAUGAGACCUGCAUGCUUUAAAGUAUUUGGUCAAACCAUUGAAUGGUUCAUAUGUGAAAUCCUUAAGACCAUAUCGUCAUCUAGAGAUUUCAGUUUCCUCAACGAUGCAGUGUGCCAAGUGUAGAUCAGGUCUUUUUUGGUGGUGGCGUUUUUGUCCAGAAUGCGGAGAAAAGGUCAUUAAACAACCGGAUCGAAACGAAGGAGGUAUUCAAGAAAAUGAAAUGAUACAAAAAGACGAGGUUAUCAAGCUUCUGGAAGAUAUUAACCAAAGUGACGUUCCGAAACUGAUGCUAAUGCUAGAAGCGAAAUACAAUGAAAUGGACAAUACUAUGAUAAAAGUGGCAUUGGUCGGCCCAACAGGAAGUGGAAAAUCAAGUCUUAUUAAUGCUUUAAGAUGCAUUAAGGACGACGAAAAAGGUGCUGCAAAAACCGGAUGCACUGAAACAACAAAAGAACCGACAGGCUAUCCAUUCCCAAAUCACAAGAACGUGCAACUCUGGGACAUGCCGGGUGUUGGGUCGAUAAACUUUACAAAAGAUGAUUAUAUAGAAAGAAUGAAAUUUGAAGAUUUUGAUUUCAUUUUGCUCGUGACAAGCACGCGUUUUACUGCGGAUGAUGCAUGGUUGGCAAAUAACAUCAAAGCUAAAUUUCCCGUCGCCAAAAUAUUUUUCAUAAGAACGAAAAUUGAAAACGACAUUAGAAACAUAAAUGGUGGAAGAAGGAGACCUAUGACUGAAAAAGAAAAACAGGACUUACUCGACAAAAUUAGAAGAGAUUGCACGGAUAACCUUAUUAGAAGUGAUUGUAGGGAUCCCUGUAUUUUUCUGUUAGAUAAUCAUAGAAUAUACGAGUACGAGUUUCGAAAGUUUCUUGACACGCUUUUACAAACUCUCUCAGGUUUAAAGAAAAAUAUUCUAGUUAUGGCGAUGAGUAUCAUCACUGAAAUUAUAGUUCCACUAAAGAUCCAACGACUUCGAGAGAGAAAAUCGGAGGUCAGCAAACUAGCAGCUAAGGUGGUCGUUACUAGGAAAACAAAAGAAGAAGGCCAUCCUGAAUUAGAUAUUCUUAAGGCUGAAAUAGACUUAUAUAUGGAGCAACUUGGUAUUAACAAACAAUCUGUGAACAAAUUUGUGGAGCUAUUUGAUGCGAAUACUGAUGAUGUUGAACAAUCACUUGCUUUGGUCAUAUUAUACACGCAAACAACUUUUAAUUACUAUAUCAAGUUGCAAGACACACAAGCCCCAUCGUUUUGGUUUCAUUUACCCAUCAUAGGCAAAUGGUUGGCUUUGAAAGAACAUCAAACAGAAUGUUAUAAUAUCCUUGACACCAUAUUGGAAUGUUGCAUUAAAGGAAAUAAACAAAUCUUUGAAAUGGUCGAACAAUUCGCAAAAGGUUCUACGAGAGGCGCCAAAAUUAUAAUUGAACAAAAUCUCUAUUCACGUUUAGACAGUACCGCAUGAAAAGAAACGUACACAUUUAUUUAACUCUAUCAUGUACAAUCAUAAUCUUGAUGUUUCAACAUUAAUGUUCGUCAUUUAUAGCAUGAUGCGUCGAAAAAUUAGUGAUAAAGUUGAAGGGGUAGUUGUUGGACUUUUGAAGACUAAACACACAUAUAGGAGUAUUCAAAAUGAGUUGAAAGCAAUGGGAUAUUUUAUUUCCUUUGGCUCCAUCAAGAAUAUUCAUGAUAAUAUUGGAUAUCCACGCCAAAAUAUCAAUGCUGGCCAUCUUAUGCCAAAGUUUAGUUUUCGUCGAAAUGUGGCCACACCGAACGUCAUCAGGAAAAUCAAUCGUAUGAUCGCCAAAGUUAAUCCACCGACCCAACGUGAGAUGUCGUCUAUGUUAGGCAUCUCUAAAGGUACUGUAUAUAACAUUAUCACAAAAAUAUUGGAAGUGUAACGUGAUUACCGUUUCUUCGGGAUGUAUGCAAUGGCCACAAACACCAUUGGUAUUUUUCAACACACGGAUUUUCCUUGGGCUUUCCACACGUUUAAUUAGAUACUAAACUUCCUCAAUUUAAACUGGAAUCAAUGAAUAAAUACACUAUUAAUGAUUAAUAAUUUUUGUUUUAUUCGAUGGUGGACGUUUAAUCACUUUACAAGCCGGUUUCGUAUGGCAUGUGUGACUUGGGUUGACUUGGGUUGACUUGGGUCGACUUGGGUUGACUUGGGUCGACUUGAAAUGAUUUGGGUCGACUUGGGAUAUCUUGGGUCGACUUGGGUUGACUUGGGAUUUCUUGGGUUUGCUUGGGGCGACUUGGGUCGACUCGGAUGUCUUAGGUGACUUGGGUCACCUCGGAUGUCUUACACCUAUAGCAACGAGCCUGCAGUGUCCCCUGUUUGCGUUUUGCAAUGAAGACAAUCGGCCAGUGGAGUACAAGCGACACUAAGCAGCUUGACUUCGGCUGACCUACGAGACCUGACACGUGCACUUACUUAUAUUUCCGAUGGAAACCUGUGACCCGGACUUAUAUAUGAGUCUCAAGCUUACCCAGCAAGCUAUGGUAUGUUAUGCGCAAAGUUGCCUGGGUCACCCCCACUCAAAGGCAUCCAAAGUCACAGAUACUUCCAAUGGUAUAUGGUCUCUAAUCACUGCAACGUAUUAAACGUUGUGAUCUUUUCGGCAAUCGAACGCAGACGACCUACUCCCAGAAGAGCAGCGCUUUAUAUACUGAUAGUUCACGUGACCCGUUUGCUAAAGACACCACCCUACUAUUUUAUUUCAUGAGAACACAACCCUACCGUUUCAAACAGUAAUUGUAGAAUACUGUGACUAUAUUAUGUAACAUAUAUUGUGCAUCUUUAUAACAGACUUGUUUUAUUAAAUCAUAUAACUAUGUACAUACAAUGAUCAAUCCAAAAUGCACAUGCUAUUUGCGUGGAACUUACCGAAAAGUCAAAAACUUGCACACGGGAAACGUACUUUCGUUUUAAUAUACAUAUUGGGAAUGAACUCAAAGAAUAAUGAACCUAAAGGAUAAUGUAUCGGCAAAAAUAUUGGUUUCUAAUAAAGCAGGAUUUUGUACCAAAAAGUCUUGAAAUCAAAUAGUCCAGUGGCGUGAUGCUCGUCAUAUAACUCUAAAGUACGUGGUUCGAUUAUCUUUUUUAACCGAUUUAUUAAUUGUAUUAUUGUUUCAUAUUCAUUAACAUUGUAUUGUUUAUCUUGAAAUAAAGGUCAAUUAAGAAUAGAAUUUUUCCUUCACUAUGUGUUUUAAAUUAGUUUUAAUCAUGUUCGAAAGUACACAACAAAUAAUUCAA